GAUACGUAGAUAAGUCAAAAAUAAUAGAGUAUUCCUUUAUUGGAUUGUAUUUAUUUUUAUUUAUUAUAUUUUUGUUCUUUUGAUUUAAAAAUCAAUAGAGAAAUAACAGUAUUAUUACAUGAGACCCUAAAUUUUUAAUUAUUGGAUCACGUCGUGAAUAAUGACUCAAUUUUCAAUAUUUAUUUCUCUAACAGGAAAACAUUGCUUUUAUUUAAUUUUUCCUUAAAUGUAUUUUUUAGCUUUAAUUUUCAUUAAAUUUCAAUAGUGGUAUAAUUUUUUUGUGCCUUUGUGACUGUGAUAUUGUCUAAACUAAUCUAAUAAUGUAUAAAGACGUAGAAUUAAGAAAAUUGCCAGCAGGAUAUUUGUGUCGUAUUGCUGAUAUAUUGGAGACAAACAACGAUUGGAGAAAGGUCAUGUCCCAAAUACCCAAAGACCCGCUAUCCAAAACCUCCGAGCCCAAAUACAACAAUGAACACAUGAGAUUAAUUGAGGAACACGCAAAACAAACAAACAGAAAAUGUGCUGAAAUAUUAUUUGAUGAAUGGGGCACAUCUGGUCGGGUGAGGCCCACUCUGAACACACUUUAUAAUAUUAUAUUGAAAGCUGAAAUUUUUAGAGCAGCAGAUGAAAUUGCUGGGAUCAUGAAAGAGUCACCACCAGCUAGACCUACCGAUGGACCAGCAGCAGUAGUAGACACAGAUAUAACACUACUUCUCAAUGAUAUAAGCUUAGAAUACCCUAACGGUGACCAGCACAAACCCAACGGAGUCAACAACAACGACAGUACCGCACAAGUGAUGUCUAGUUCAAAUAUUCCCAUAGUUAUUGAAACAUUAGGCAACAAGACCACGGCGCAGGUCAAAUCUGCUUCAGAUCUAAUCAGAUUUUCACAACAAUCAAUGAAUAUUCCAGACUUCAAUGCCCUUAUGCCGUCGUCUCAAAGGUCCAGUCAAAACUGUUACAGUAAUUCCCAAAUUUCCACAGCAAACAGUGCUGUCCCUGUUUUAGACUACUCACCUCCAUUCCCAGCGGUGGACAUCAGUAAAAUCGACACAACUAUCCUAAAGAACACAAGCUUAACACAUUUCGAGUACAAAGUUUUAGAAUCCAUUACUAAUAGAUUUUCCAAUGACCUCGAAAAGACCUCCAGGGGUCCUAUUGGUAAAAUAGGAAGUGGUGGCUUCGGAGACGUAUACGCUGGGUACCAUAAGAAGAUUAAUAAAUUUCUUGCGGUCAAAAGGUUCCGUGUUAAUCUCAUGUUGGAAAAUAACCCUAAUGUUGCGAUCAAAAUUUUCAACUCUGAAGUAAAGGCGUUGGCACAAUUGAGACAUCAUAAUAUCGUGCCAAUAAUUGGGUACUCCGCUGAUGGACCGGCGCUCUGCGUCGUAUGCGAGUACAUUGAUGGUGGGUCGUUGGAAAGCAACCUAGCUGAAAAGAAACUAAAUGAAAAACACAGAUUCCUAGUGAUGUCCGGAACGGCCGAUGGAUUGAAGUACAUACACCGGUGCGUGAAGCCACCAACUGAGGAUGAAAUCUAUGAGGAGUCUGCUUCAGGUUCGAAGAAGAACUUCUUGCAUGGAGAUGUGAAGAGUGCGAAUAUUCUGUUGACACUGGAAUACGUGCCAAAGCUUUGCGAUUUUGGCCUGGCAAAACAUAUCGACUCCACCUUCAUUACAACAUCUCUCAUGGGCACUUCUGCGUACAUGGCGCCGGAGGGCUUCAGUGGUACAGUCACACAGAAGACUGACAUAUACAGUUACGGUAUUGUCCUUCUAGAGUUACUCACUGGACUACGACCGAUCGUUGUUGAUGACAAUGAGAAAAUCAAUAUAAAGAAUUACGUAGAAGAGAAUUGCAUCGAUGGGAGGAUCACCAAGCUUCUAGAUCCUGCUGUUCACGACUGGCAGCAGGCCGAACCGAUAUAUGAACUUGCCAAGAAGUGCCUGAGCCCUCAGAGGAAUGAUCGGCCCUCGAUAGAACAAGUCUGUGAUACAUUGUAUCAGAUAAAUAUGAAUUAUUGAAAUUAAUAUUGUUAUAAUUAGUGAUUUGUAUGAUCCCAUUCAAAUGUUAAUGAACAACCCUUGAUGUUGGGUCUUAAAGGUCUUGAUUUCUUAUUAGGAAGUCACCAAAAUUUUGUAUUAAGAUUUUCGGUAAUGAAAUAUAUUGGUAAUAAAUUUAAUCCAUCCGAAAAAUUAUGGUAGUUUUUUUUUUAACGGAUUAUAAUGGAAUAGGAACUCCGCCUGCGCUAAAAAUGAGGAUGAAAAGGCAAGUCAGUUAACCCAUCAUGAUGAAUUCAACGAUAAAUUAGUCACGAUGGGGUCACCAGGGGGUCGACCUGAUAGGGUAUAUUGCUAGCAAUGGGGUUGCUAAUGUCCCUUACUACAAUCUCUGAGUUCGCACCUGUACUGAGCAAUACAGGUGCGAACCGGCGGUGCCGAUAGUAGUCGACAAGCACGCAAUCGCAUGCGACGUUGGGGUGCAUACAAAGAACAACGGCUAAGAGUUGCAGGAUUGUCUAUUCCGUCGUUGAGCAACCGAUAAUAGUGCAUCAUCAAAUUGCACUUUCGCCUUACGUCGAGCGUUUCUAGGCCUACCAUACAGGAUACGAACAAUGAUGGGUACAAAUGUUCAGCAUUGGUUGGAUAAUGGCUGAGAUGUUGAUGAUGAAGUGCUAAUAACGUAGCUAUCUGUAGAUGAGAGAAUUUUUAAAAUUAUUUGAGCAAUUUUUGAGUUUACCCAUUACAAACCAACAAUAAAUUCUUAUAACGCCAUCAGGCAUUAAGUCCGUCCUGUAAACAUAUUUUUCUCAAACAUGCUUGCGAAUGUGAGCAUUAUUUUGACUAUCUUCUUCGAGAUAAAUCAAAUUUGCUGUACUGGCCAGAUACAUGCGGGCAGCGGCCGGCAAAAGUUGUAUGAAAAUCCAUAUCUGUCGUGUUUUGCGGCCAGAUAAAUUACUAUGUAAACUCAUAUCUGUCCUGUAAUUUUAAAAUGGAAUGACCUUUUACUUCGAAACAUGGCUACCAAGGAGGUAUAUAAUAAAAGAUUUUAAUUAAAUUUCGAACUGGCUUGCAAAUAGAAAGCUGUUUAUUGAAAAAAAAAAAACAAAGAAACAUUAUGGCGCGAGAAAAAUUAUUAUUGUUUAUUAUUCGUCAUUGAACUUAAAAACUAAAAUUGUGUUUAUGAUUUCCGUGCAUUGAUUGAGAAAAAUACUAUACAAGCCUUGGCCACAACUAGGCAUUGAUGGAAUUACGUACUCGUAUGUGUGCCUCGGCUACACCUCGGCCCAAAUUUGCACGUUCGUCCAUCAAUGCCUCAGUUGCUGGCCGCUGCAGUAAUGUACUAUAUUUUUUAACAAAAUACAAUAAUUACAAUUAUAUUACAAUUCACAUUAAUACUAUAUUCAAAUCCAUGCAGUUUUGUCAUUUAGAUAGUAAUUUAUUUUAUAAUAUGCUUUUCUAAUAUAAUAUAUUCUGUAAUAUAUAUUUUUGACAUAGUAUAAAAAAAUACUAAAUAGUUUUCACUGUAAAGCAGGGUACUAUAUUGAAUAUACUAUGGCAUAUUCAUGUUUUUAAUUUUUUUCUAUUGUUCUAUAAAAAAAAUAUAUGCCGUUAAAUAAUAUAAUGCUUUUGACGUACAUUUUAUUAAUACUUAUGUAUAAUAUAUUUAUUUUUUAAACAUUGCUAUGUACAAUUGUGUUAAUGUUAUAACGAUUCUUUAUAGUAUAUUUUUAUUGUGAUAAUUGUAAUAUUCGAUCGAAUUAGCAAUGAGGAGGUCCUGUUUAGGGUUAAGGAAAAAAGACAAAUUAUUAGAACUAUUGAGGACAGAAAAGGAAGAAUGUUGAGACACUUGAUAUGACACGACGAACUUAUGAACAUUAUAAUAGAAGGUAAGAUAGAAGGAAGGAGGUGGAGAGGGAGACCGAGGCAUAGUUACAUCAGGCAGAUCAAGGAAGGAGUUGGUGUCGUGUCGUAUCAAGAGGUGAAGAGACUUGCUGAAAAUUUUAGUGAGUGGCAAGAGCUCCACCGACAAGAGCGCAGCUCUUAAAUAGGAUAGAUAGAAUUGUAAUAAUAUUUUUAUAAAGUAUAGAUUAAGUUGUUAAAUAAAAAAUUGUAAACGAA